GGCUGGGUAGACUGGAGAACGGAAUCUCGGGAUUUGCGUCAUAAUAGAUAUAUAUAUAUAUAUCCAUAUCUGACCUCCCCUCGGCCGAAGCUAUCCCCCACAUUCUCCCUUCUCCACGACUCAUUCAUAUAACCUAACCUCUCCUCCUCCUUUUCCUCCUCCCUUCACCUUCAUCCUCCACACAGCAUGUCCUCCGCCGACACCUCCGACUCGGCCCUCGAGGCCCGAGUCGCCGAGCAGCUCAAGAACGUCGCCCCGUCACCAAAGGAGGAACAGCCCACCACCAGCGCACCACCCUCUGCCCUCGCCCAGCAGCUCCGCGCCCUCGCGGCCGGCGGCUUCGGUGGUAUCUGCGCCGUCGUCGUCGGCCACCCCUUUGACCUCGUCAAGGUCCGCCUCCAGACUGCCGAGCGAGGCGUCUACUCUUCGGCCGUCGAUGUCGUCCGUAAGAGUAUCGCCCGUGAUGGACUCCGGAGAGGUCUCUACGCCGGCGUGAGCGCCCCGCUCGUCGGCGUCACACCCAUGUUCGCCGUUUCUUUCUGGGGUUACGACCUCGGCAAGCAGAUCGUCCGAGGCGUCAGCGAAGUCCCCGCCGAGGGGCUCACCAUUGCGCAGAUCUCGGCCGCCGGCUUCCUCUCUGCCAUCCCCAUGACGGCCAUCACGGCGCCCUUUGAGCGCGUCAAGGUCAUCCUCCAGGUCCAGGGCCAGAAGCAGCUCGCACCCGGCGAGAAACCAAAGUACAGCGGCGGUCUCGACGUCGUCAAGCAGCUGUACCGCGAGGGAGGCGUGCGCAGCGUCUUCCGCGGCAGCGCUGCCACCCUCGCCCGUGACGGUCCUGGUUCUGCCGCCUACUUUGCCGCGUACGAGUAUAUCAAGCGCAAGCUCACUCCCGUCGACCCCGACACCGGAAAGCCCAGCGGCCAGCUGAGUCUCACGGCCAUCACAUGCGCCGGUGCGGCUGCUGGUGUUGCCAUGUGGAUCCCAGUCUUCCCCGUCGACACAGUCAAGUCCCGCCUGCAGACGGCCGAGGGCAACGUCACGCUGGGCGGUGUCAUCCAUGAGCUGUACGGCAAGGGAGGUUACAAGGCCUUCUUCCCCGGUUUCGGUCCCGCCCUGACCCGUGCCGUGCCCGCCAACGCCGCCACCUUCCUCGGUGUUGAGCUGGCUCACCAGGCCAUGAACAAGUUCUUCAACUAGAUGGUGUAAGAGAGACGAGUGGAGCAUAGCGGGAAUGGAAUGUUUAAAAAAGUUCUCAGGGUUGCUGGGUUUAUCACUACGGAUACAUCAUACAUGACUGGUUGGUCGGUGGACAAGAGGUUACGAUGGCUGGACGGGAUGGCGUUCCUUGCUGGGGUUAGCAUAUAUAUGAUUUUGACUGCGAGGGAGCAUUUUCUACUUGAAACGUCUCAAACACAUAGCAUACCCUUCUUUUUAUUCUGCGUUCAUGUAUAUCCAUCCCCAUAGAUGUCGUUGGGAGCAGCAAAAGUCAAACGCCAUAGACAGACGACAACCUGCGAAUUCAAUAUCUCAAAUCAAAUAUAUUUGGGCA